CUCCUUACGACGAACGCACGCGCACCUCUCUCGCCACGAGACUCGCGCAUUCGAUUUACGCGAUUUUCACCGAACAAAAAUUAAAAAAAAAAUAUCGGGUUCGAUCACAACGCGCGUUCUUGUCUUUCUUUUUUUUUUUUCUACGUUGAUUUUCGACGAGAAGAAACAAGUCUUGAUUGUUCCAAUUCGACUUCACUCUUGAUUUUUGUUGGAUCAUAAACAUAAACCGUCUCGCACGUCGGCAUUCUUCGAUGUAGCACAGUCACAAUUUUUCACUUAUAUAUUAAUCUACAAAAGAGAGAGUUCACUUUCCCAAGUAUUUUGAAUUUUGACGCGUGAAGAGUUUUACAGACGCGUAUAAGUUCGAACCGAUCGCCAUUUUCCACUCCUCAUAGUUGUCAUGUGACCACUUUAGUUCGCUUGGAUUUCAGACAAGAGGGCAGACAGUCGUUACGUGUUCUUUACGCAGGGUGGUUUGUACUCUUCAGAGAGAGUUCUCGGCAAAACCUGUUCGCGCUCUUGAACGUGUACAUGAAUUGACUUUGAUACUGCACGGUAUGAACGCGCCGAACUAGCUUCUCGGUCUAAGAUCGUACAUACAUUUGUUUUAUUUAUCUCUGUGUGUCUUCAGGCGUCGGUAUUAUAUGGCGAACAAUAUGGCACGUGUGUGUCAAGUUUUAUAGAAAAUCGAACGAACCAUCGAGAAGCAGCGCGCAAAUUGCAGAUUUUGUGUAACAACGAAUUGUCAAUUCUGAGAUAGAAUAAAUAAUCAUCCGUUGCGGCGUGAUUCGAAAUAAACAGAGAUAUGGAGAGCAGAAAGCACAAGCUGUCACCCGAUCGAGAAGACCCUGUUGAUGUAAAAGUUCCUUCCAUAGACAAACGCGAUACCGACAAAGAUGUUACAUCUGCUACACCAAGUAUUUCUUCAGAUGUGGCAACAUGCGAGAAUGACGAUACAAAUAGUGUCUCACCCGACGUAAGCAAAGCCAGUGCUAAUACGGCCUUGGUAGCUGAGCAUUAUAAUACACUGAAAGAAAAGGGUAUUUCGCAAAGGAAUCAAAGUCGCAUCGUGUACAUGAGAAAUUUCAAUAAUUGGGUCAAGAGUAUGCUUAUUAAUAAAUAUCUAGGGAAGAUAAAACAAAGUAUUCGUCACAAAACCACGCUGAAGGUGCUGGAUAUGUGUUGCGGCAAGGGAGGAGAUCUUCUCAAAUGGAAGAAGGCUGGAAUUUCGCAUCUGAUCUGCACGGAUGUGGCGGAGGUGUCGUUGGAACAAUGUCAGGACAGAUAUAACGACGUGUUGAAGAAAAGUUCCAGGGACAGAACUUUCUCUCCUCUUUUCACCGCAGAAUUUGUAACGGCCGAUUGUACUAAGGUUCGUUUAAGGGAAAGAUUCAAGGAUCCGAGCAUGCAGUUGGACUUCGUCAGUUGUCAGUUCGCGUUUCAUUACAGCUUCGAAUCUUUGCCGCAGGCAGAGUGCAUGCUACGAAACGCCGCUGAGAGUCUCAAGACCGGCGGUUACUUCAUAGGAACCAUUCCGGAUGCGUAUGACAUAGUUUCUAGAUGGCAGAAAUGUGACGGCAACAAGUUUGGCAACGACGUCUAUAGCAUUGAAUUUUUGCCCGAAGUGGAUAAAACAAAACCGCCACUUUUUGGAGCGAAGUAUAAUUUCCACCUGGACGGCGUCGUUGAUUGUCCGGAGUUUCUGGUGCAUUUACCAACUCUGCGCAAAUUAGCUCUGAAAUUUGGCCUAGAAUUAAUAAGUUUUGAAAGAUUCGAAACGUUUUACGAACAUUUCAAGGAUGAAGGUAAGGUCUUGUUGGGAAAUAUGCAGGCGUUGGAAACUUAUCCGCCGUGUAACGAAUCGUCUUUGGUUGGCGAUCCUGAACGAGACUACAAUCACGUGCGUGAAUACAAGCACGAUAAUCAUCGCAAAAUCGGCACUCUUUCGCAGUCAGAGUGGGAUGUUAUUUCGUUAUAUGCGGUUUUUGUGUUCCAAAAAAUGAAGACGAUUUGGAAUAGCGAGGGAAAACCGGAGUACGUAAAAUUGUAAAUAACAUGAUAGGAAGAUAGAAAAAACUGGCAAAGCAACGGGGGUGUAAAAUGAUUUCUUGUCAUUCAAAUGAGUAUGUUGCUGUGUUUCAAUUUUUGUGGGACGAUUGUCACUUGUGUAGAAUUAAUCUUAUACAAAAUAUCGGAAACUACUAAAACCUUAAUCAUUGAAAUGAAACGAACGUUUCUUCGCUUACAAUGAAAUUCGAGUUAGUAAAGUUUGUUUUUCAUCAGAUAUUACGCAAAUGAAUUGAUUCACUAAGCAGUUUAUGUGAUUGUGUUCGAAUGUAUAUGUACGUUGUGUAUGUAUAAAAGUACAGUAGUGCCUCGCUAAUGUGCCGCAAUUUUGGUAUUGUGAUAGGGAGUCAUCCCUAUCAAUUUCUUUGCCGAAGCUUCGCGCGAAUUGGUGGGGAUGGCUCUGCCGCGGUCUCGAGCCGAUCAGAGAUAACAGCCGGCAAUUCUCGGAACAUACCUCCCUCGACAUUUUUCCGCUUGCGGAAUCGAGGAGCGGAAAAAUAGCAAGGCACUACUGUAUUUUAAGAAAUUUACACGGAUUAUUUAUAUAAAUUUUCUCAUCAAAAGCGCCAACUUUACCGAGAUCGAUAUACCAUAUUUACAUACAUAGACCUAUAUAAUGAAUUUGUAUAUACACAUUGCUCUAUGCGAUUACGCACGCUAUGUAAUGAUUUCUUAUGAAAAUUAUUUAAAGAAUUAUUUCAAUACACAUUUUUUGUAAAACCCUAAGAAUCAGUUUUCAAAUUCAAAUAACCAACCUGACCGUUUUUAUUUGGAAUAUUUUUUAUUAAGGUUUU